GUGUGUGUGUGGGGGGGGGUGACUUGUGGACCAUGCAUUUCUAUAACAGUAAGACGAGGAUCGCUGACACCCCGCCUCAUGCCACUAGUGUAAUUCCCACUUCUGAAACCAAAACGAUCUCCUUGAAUGAACCGGAAGCUUCCUCAUCAUUCAGGUUGGACUUGUGUAUUUUGAUGACUUGGAUGUGGUUUCACUGCCACCAGAUACACACAGGAUGAAGGUGUCUUAACGGGUAAUGAGUGGGCGUUCCUAACUUUACUGGACAGCUUCGGGGAGGGACGGCUGGACGUGUGACAGUGCUGCGUGUCCCCGUGUGGGACGGGUCGUGUGGGUGGGACUUGUAAUGUGGGUUUAAUAAAUGUCAACAGGAUCCUGUACAGGGAUUGGGCCCACAGGUCUAAAGGGUGUUUGUAAGCAUGAAUGCAUUUUGUGAAAAGUGGUUUUUGGCUCUGAAUGGAAAUGGCACGGAUGGAACGUCCAGAUCAGUGAGUUGGAACGCGUCACGCCUAAAUCCAGUGUCUUCUCUAGCAAACCACAUCCAGGCAUGAAAGACGGCGGCAGAAACCAAACGACCGCAGUAAUCUUGAGUCCUGAAGACGUCAUGUGUGCUUAACGCCGUUGGGACAGCACAUCAAAGCCUUUCACUACACCAAGGGUUGUUCAGGUCCACACGUCAUCAAAGCAAACAGCUCGUUUCAUCUUCUGGUGCCGUGGAAAGAUCUAGACCGCUCCAAGGAAAAGGUUCCUGAUUUCAGAAAUCCACACGCUCCGAUACGGAAGGACAGACGUGAGUCCGCUCACGAAAGGAUAAAAACAUAAAAGCUGUCAGAGUAACGGCGUGCUGGAGUCUCUGUAACCAGGUGUUAAUGAGGCUGAUGACAUCACAGUACAGGUGACCUUUCCUGUACAGAACUGGGAUGGAAAUGCACAGAAAGCAUCAGCUGUUAAAAGGGGCGGGUCCCAUUUGUGUGGAGCAGGAAUCACGUCACCGUCUGGAUGGCCUGGGCGGGCUGCUGCGGUCCUAAACCAACACCGUUCUCAAAGGUGUGAGUCUUCAUGUGGUUCCUCAGCCUCCACGCUGCUGCAGGUGCACUCGACUCAUCAGAACGAUUACUGCAGCCAUUCCUGUCAGGAGCACCCGGUCCACAGGAGUCUGAGAAGCUGGCUGCUGCUGCGUGUGAAAUCUGGCUCACUAAACAAAAACACAUCUGUGCAAAUGCAUGUGCUGUCAGCGGUGCGGGAUCUGUAACUUCAGACCUGUAGUCGUCCUGGACUACCAGGAUCUUCAGCCCGGCAGAUGUCCUGGACUACCAGGAUCUUCAGCCCGGCAGAUGUCCUGGACUACCAGGAUCUUCAGCCCAGCAGAUGUCCGAUUUCUGUGACGAUAUCAGCUCUGACGGUAUCUUUAUGCGUCAUCAUGUCUGUCGGGAGCAGCAGCAGCUCAGGAGAUCGAGCAGCUAAUCGGAAGGUUGCAGUUUGAUCCCGGCUCCAACCUGAGAAUUCUGCUCUUGUGUCCUUGGGCAAGACACUUAACCCGCCUUGCCCACUGGUGGUGGUCGGAGGGACUGGUGGCCUUGCCUCCAUCAGGGUGCCCCAGGGCAGCUGGCUGGCUUCAUUGUAACACACACACACACACACACACACACACAUACGGUAAAUGGAAAAUGCUAGCAAACCUAAAGCCACGCCCCUUUGGAAGUUUGUCCUUAACAAUAAUAUAAAUGCAGUCAUUUAAUGCUUUAAAAUCACACUUUGGGUCUACGAGAUGAUCGAUGAUUAACCAACCAUCAAACCACCAGACGACGUAUGAGUGAGCCAAUCACAACCCUCAGAAUCGAGACGCUUCACAUGAAACAACAUUUCAAACCGAACAGAUAUGAAAUCAAACUAAAUCUGGAGUCUGUCGGACCUUUUUAGGGUUAGGCUCUUUUCCUUUACUCACGUCUACAGUUCCCGUCUACCUGAAGUGUGUGAUGAAGGUACUAGUCCUGAAACUGCAUCUGUCCACCUUAAGACCAAAGGUGAGACCGACGGGAUUAAAACCCAAACAGGUGUGUUCUCGUACCCAACAACAACCCCGGUGGCAUCAGGGAGUGUUUCAAAGUUCAACAUGGACAAUGUGACCAGGACCAGAACCUGAUGCCUUUGGUUAGGUGAAGCACACCUGGAGCACCUGUCCACAUGUGUGACAACAAUCCCUCUGAAACCAACAAAGCCUCCUGAAGACGACGUCGACGGGAAACACACUCAGCAUUUCCUUCUCCUUCACACUCCAGUUAUGCUGUUUAAACAUCAACUCGGGUCUACCUGACUCGCUCCGGCGGUGAAGCCGAGCAUGUUUUCCUCAUCUGCAGCUGCUGGGACUGCGUACAGACGGUGUGCAUGCAAAUUCAGGUGAGACAGGUGAUCCUCCCUCUGGUGCUGCUAACCUCAGCUCCAUGGUGACCCAGCUGUUAUAGUCGCACCUCCUCCUCUUCCUGGUGCUUAUAACCAGCCAGAAGCCCCGACACAAGAGCAGUUUACUGAAAACGUCCCUCAGAGGCCGUACUUUGUGCUCUUUUGUUCUCUUUUGGGUCACUUUCUGGGAAAUAAUACUCUCUUGUGUUCCUGUGAACUCAUCACAACAACAGCCUCCAUCUCCUCAGCAACGACAGAAGCAGCAGCCUCAGAUUUGUGCUGUAACAGGUGCAACUAUCAGCUGGAACGAUGGGGUGCUUCACAUUCCUCAAGGCCAUGAUGUUUGUGUUUAACGGCAUCAUCUUUCUUGCUGGUAUCGGCAUCCUGGGUGUUGGGAUCUGGGUGAAGGUGGACAGCGGCUCUGUCCUCAGUUUUCUUGGGAAGAUUGAAAACGUUCCACCAGAGAUCAGCCAGGUGCUCAAUGUGGGCUACCUGCUGAUUGCCAUCGGUGCUCUGCUGGUCGUCAUCGGGUUCCUCGGCUGCUGUGGAGCCGUCAGAGAGAGCAAGUGCAUGCUGCUGCUGUUUUUUCUCAUAGUUUUGCUGGUCUUCAUCGCGGAGGUGGCAGGAGCCGUGGUGAUUCUGGCAUUCCAGCCUCUGGCAGCAAACCUGUUUGCAAAGGUUGGCCAAGCAGCGUCUGACAACAUCAAGAGUUCCUACGGGAGGAACGCCGACCUCACUGGACUCUGGAAUAGCACCAUGGACACGUUGAAAUGUUGUGGAUUCAACAACUUCACAGACUUCAGGAAUUCUCCGUAUUAUAACAGCUCCACCUCCAUGUAUCCACCUCAGUGCUGCGGGAACACCAACAACCCCUGUAAUCAGACGGUGGCUGAAAACACGAUGACCGCUGGAUGCUUCCCAAAGAUCAAAAGCCUGGUUGAUGGAAACACGGUUGUGAUCAUCGCGGUGGCUCUCGGGAUAGCAGCUCUGGAGUUAUGUGCCAUGGUGGUCUCAAUGACACUGUACUGCAGAAUAAAGUCCACCAUGGCGUAAGCUCGCAUGAAGGAUCCGGUGGAGUUUCCUGCAGCUCGUCAAGGAGGAUGGUUACCGUGGAGACUCGUGCAAUUACUGAAGGACGUAGCUAGUUAUAAAUGUUUGACUUUAUCCACAACAUAUGAAUGUAAACGGCCUGUUUCUCAAGGAAAUGUCCCUUUUGGAUGCUAGCUGCCCAUUAGACAUCAUACACAGCAGCCAGUGCUAAAGCAGCCUGAUUUUCUGUAAACGGCUUUGAUUCGUUUUGUACAAACGAAACCAAAGCUGGGACCCACUGGGGGGCUGGACGGGCUGCUGUGAACGUUUUAUCUCAACGAAGGAUGAAAAAUACAGAAGUCAUGUUGGUUUGUAAGUUGUAUUCAUGUUGGAAUAAAAACCUCGUAACCAGUUAAA